AUGUCACUUGCUGCAAUUAAUAGAGAUCCACUGAAAUUAUCACCAAUGGCCAAGCAAGGAAGUGUCACAAUUACCACACGUACACUGGGGAACCGAAAUUUGACUGGGGACGCGUCUGAACGACAUAUAAUGGGUGGUCCAAACUGCCAGCUGGCAAAGACGGGACAGAUCAACGGCAGCAGCGGCAGCAGAAGUAGUACAAGUAAUAGUAGCCAUAAUAACAUGGAUACUUCUAUUUCACAUUCAGGAAGUAACUCACCAAGUAUUACGUCUUCCCAGAGGUUAAAUAUUAGCAAGAUUAGAAAUCAUGGUGGCCUAACUUCACUGGAAUCCAAUGGUGUACAUAAUGGAAAGAGUGCGAAUACUAGCGGUAGAUGUGAUGAUGCGAACGAAGAGGACAACGACAACGAAGAUGACGAUGAUAUUGACAAUGAUAUCGAUAUGUUCAACGUCCCACUUUCACAGAAACUUGCUUCAAUUUCACAACGAGAAAGAUAUACCUUCACGAAUAAUGAUCGAACAGUUGAAUCUACCAGAUCUUCAUCGCUACUUAGUCAGACUAGCAUAUCCUCGGCGGUAAGCAGUGACGUUGACGACACCCUUAAACCAUCACCAAUUAUGCCAUUGGCAUCGGGGAAUGCUCUGACGUUCAAUGUAGAGGAUUUGCAUUUGUCACAGGAUGCCCGUGACCUCACACUUUUAUUCAAUAGAAACGAGGCGGUUCAAAUUAAUGAAGAAAUCAGUCAAAGACAUCGCAUGCUUUCAAGUUUUCAAAAAAUCAAUAUUACUAUUCCUCCAGUCUUCCCAAAUAAACUGAAAAAGGGUAAUCGAAGUGUUUCAAACUACAGCAUACCUAAACUUCCCACUGGUGGGACCCCACGAUCUGUGUCAGCACCACAUCCAGGAGGUGCCACCUCUAACACUCCUUCAACAUCCAUUCCAACUCCUCCUACACAAAGUUCCACUUCUAUAUCAUCUGGACCGGCUCCGACUUCAUCUAAAUAUUAUUCAUUCACACGGCCAACUUGGUUACCACCAAAAUCGUCGUAUGAUAAGAAGAAACAUCAAAAGGAAUCAAAAGAUUUAAUAUACCUAGCCAUUCAAAAGGAAUCAGAACAACAAAAGAAGAGAUUGGCUAACUUAGAAAUGAUUAAACAAAUGAAACGAAAUGAUUUAAUGGAAUGGGAGCAGAACAUUCUUCCAGAUGGAGCCACCGUCACUGAGAAACAAUACUUGGAGAAGCUCAAAUCUAAGGAAGUACAAGCCAUGUAUUGGAGGGGAUUGCCUGUAAGAUUACGGUCAAGGAUAUGGUAUGAUCAAAUCGGAAAUGCUCUUCAAUUGAGUGAAUACACUUGUAAAUAUUAUUUUGGGAAGGUUGAGAAGUUUUUAAACAAAGUCAAUGAGUUUAAUAUCCUUCUAAGAGAAAGAAUGAAUAUCUUACAAUCAUUAAAGAAAGAUAGACUUGAUAGAGCGACCCAUGGUAAGAAUGGGUUGAAACUUAAAGAAUCAGAAAUCACAAAAAGACUCGAUGAUUAUAUUGAAAUGAACCCCAACAUUAUCAAAAUGAAAAGGUAUUAUGAUCGUUUGUCUACUGAUUUACUUGACACCUUCCCUGAUUUGAAUUAUUUCCAGAAUCAUGACAUUAUCGAGGCCUUGAGCAAGAUCAUUACAAGUUUUAUCAUAUACUACAAUGAGACUGACCAAGGUAUUGAACUUGAUGAAAACAAAUUCACAAACUUAAACUUGAACUAUUAUUUCACUGGGUUGAAUAAUUUGGCCGGUAUUCUCCUAUUCCAUUAUAAGGAACAUUUCAAAACCUUCAUUUCAUUAUGCAACAUGUUUCAACAAAACAUUCCUAGUUUAUUAUUGGCAUAUAGGGCAUUUGCCGAAACCUCUACUACUAAACCACAACCUACUAGUCUCAGACAAAUCCUGGGAGAUAAAUCACAAUUCACUUCUGAACAGAAGACCACCCUAAUUAAGGCUAUAUAUGAAAACUUUUUCAAUCAUUUUGAAAAGGAUUUGAAAAAGCAGCAAAACAGAUUGUUUGUACAUUUCCGAGUCACAGGCAUGAAACCAUUGGAUUAUGCCCCCAGUAUCCUCUUGGGGAUCUUCAGUAACAUGUUUGACUUUCAAUUAAGUUGUCAUGUCUUGGAUGUAUUUGUAUUUGAGAAUGACAAAUUCUUGAGGUCUUGCUUACUUGCAUUAUUAGAUAAAAUAUCAUUUAAAUUAUAUGGAUCGAAAUCUGAAAGUUUGGAAAUUCUUGGAGAACAAAAUCGAAAGAUUUUAAAUAGACGUGAUGGCUCUAAGUCAAUUCCAGAGUCUUACAAGUAUUUGAAUGUGGGACUUGAAUACGAAUUCAUGCAAAAAGUACAAGAGAUAUAUUCUAAAAGUUAG